UCAAGACCAAGAGAAACGAAAAAGAAGUUAAACAGCUAGUGUUACAAAAAAAAAAAAAAAGUAAAACAGAUGAAAAAAUUAGCGUAGCUGAUGACGUAGGAUUAGGGGAAACAUGGCUGGAUCCUUCCGGCGUCCCAGGGAGAGGAGCCGACGUCAUAUAUGACGUUAGUGAACACGUUAACCAUAGAGUAAUUUAUUCCAAUCUUACCCUAGAAGACUAUUCUCAGCAUCGGUAUAUAAAUAUGAGAAAGCAAUCAAAUAACAUUCGAACACGUUUCAUUUGGAAUCUGAAUCGAUAAAAUGGAAAGAACAGAACCCGAAUCAGGAAAUGGGCGGAGGGUAGUGGUAAUCGGCGGCGGAAUCGCCGGCUCGUUGGCCUCCAAAUCCCUUCAGUUCGAUUCCGACGUCACCCUUAUCGAUCCGAAGGAGUACUUUGAGAUCACCUGGGCAAGUUUGAGGUCCAUGGUGGAGCCUUCUUUUGCUGAAAGAACGUUGAUCAACCACAAAAAGUAUCUUCAAAACGGCCGUGUUGUGACUUCUCCAGCUGUCAAUAUCACCAACUCUGAAGUAGUCACAGCCGAUGGGCUUGUCUUUGGAUAUGAUUAUCUUGUGAUCGCUACAGGUCACAACGACGUGCUUCCCAAAACCAGACAAGAGAAGCUUUCACAAUACCAAUCGGAAUAUGAGAAGAUCAAGUCUUCUGAGUCAAUUCUGAUUGUUGGUGGAGGACCCUCGGGUGUCGAGCUUGCUGCUGAGAUUGCAGUUGAUUUCCCUGAGAAGAAGGUUACUUUAGUACACAAUGGACCAAGGUUAUUGGAAUUUGUUGGUCAAAAAGCUGCAGACAAAGCGUUUGACUGGCUGAAAACCAAGAAAGUUGAAGUUAUAUUGAAUCAAAGGGUGGACCUAAGUUCAGCUUCAGACGGAGAUAAAAAUUACCGAACAUCAGGAGGAGAAACGGUACACGCGGAUUGCUAUUUCCUCUGCAUCGGCAAGCCUUUGUCUUCAGAAUGGCUGAAAGGAACUGUUCUGAAUGAUAAUUUGGAUGGUAAAGGAAGGCUGAUGGUCGAUGAGUACUUGAGAGUGAAGGGUCGCAAGAAUGUAUUCGCAAUUGGAGAUAUCACUGAUAUCCCUGAGAUGAAACAAGGAUACAUCGCUGAGAAACAUGCCUCUUUGGCUACAAAGAACAUAAAGCUGUUGAUGUCUGGUGGAAACGAGAAGAAGCUGUCGAGCUACAAGCCCGGUUCCGAUAUUGCCAUAAUAUCUUUGGGAAGAAAGGACUCGGUGGCUCAGUUCCCUUUCAUGACAGUCUCGGGUUGCGUGCCUGGUUUGCUCAAAUCUAAGGAUCUGUUUGUGGGGAAGACGAGGAAGGCAAGAGGUCUGGAUCCUAAUAUUGUGGAUUGAAAGAUUGUGUUUUAACAGUUUGUUCAUUGAUGAGAUUCUUGUGCAGACGCAUUUGGUCUUUUGAUCAGUUUUGUUGAUUUGGUUUCACUUUUAUGUUUCUGUGUUAUCGAGAUAGUGUGGGUUGCCUUUGUUGUAACAUAAAGUGUAAUUUUGCGAGCUUUCAUUAAAAAAGUAUUGGAUUGAGAACUCCCCUA